CUUUGGAGUUAUUCAGAAACUCCAGUAGGAUUUUCAAUAAGAAUUAAAACUAUUUUGGUUAAUAAAGCCAGCAAAUUAACUGAAAGCAGAAUAAGAGAUUUUAACGAAAAACAAGAAAGAUUAAAAAAGAAAACUGAAAAAUUAAGAAAAAAAUUUGGUGAGCAUGAUGCAGCUUGGUGA